UCUCCUUACCGUUCGGUUGAGUGUUCGGAAGUUUCCAUCCAUUGUGUGUAUCGGAUCGAAAAAUAGUUGAACUGCUACUGCAGGAAAGGAAGAUUCCUCCACCCCUGCUCUUCUCUGUGCUCUGAUCGGUGUGAAACUGUCCGGAAAGUGGAAAAGUGACCUCCAGCUUCAGUCAGCCAGUGCCUCAUAUCGCGUCUUGUCUCUUUUUCAAGUGAAGGAAGCUGCUCCCUUGUGAGUGCGGAGAAAAAAGUAACAGUGCUGAGUGGAACGUCCAAAGUAAACCAACCAAGAAAAAAAAAUAGUCGAGAAGUAGCUUUGACCUGUCCGAGCGAGUGCGACUGUCUUGAGGCCACUACUGGCUGUUGACGUCAGAGCAUUGCCUGGCUGGUUCUUUUCUUACGUAUUUUUACCCCUGUCCGGAAUGAUAGAACCAUAACACAUCCCUCGGAAGCGUCCGGUUUUGGCAAAAAAUAUUACUAGUGAUUCGCUAAGCGAUUGUUGCAAAAAGACGCGAGGGCAAGAUUAUUGAGGUCACCUUCUUCACAAGUAACUUGUCAUCAUCGUUGGAGUGACUCGAAUUGGCAAAAAAAGGAAAGUGAAAGUGUCUCCAUGCAAUCUGCGAAACCGACGAUUAAACUUUUUGUUCGUAUUUUAUUUUCCAAAGUACGUGUUUGUGUUGUUUAAACACAAAAGGGGGAUAUGCUAAUUGAAAAGAGUAAAUUUUCUGCCCCAUGGCAUGUAUUGAUAAGGCUUGAAGUUUUGAAAUUCAAUUGAAAUUUCCUUUAGGUAACUUACUUGUUGGGUGAAAAUAGGAGCGAGGUUUUACGAAGGAAGAAAGUGCACUAGUGAAGACGACUGUGUUUGCCAACGGGGAAAAUCGCCACAAUUGGUAAUUGUCCGGUUUAUGAUACCCCCGUGAAGAAGCGACCAAUGGAAAUCUCUUGAAAUCAAAUAACGUCUACACCCUUGAGAGGCUGUUGGUUACAUUGGUCAAGAAAAGUAAACACAACCCCUCAUCAUCGGCAUCGGGGCAAGUGUGAUUCGCCACACUGGUGACCGAGGAUAGUUCGAAAUCCAAUUACUGAGGGUGCUGUUUAUAGAAACAGCAAGGGUGUGGGGAACAAACGAAUACCGAAGUUGAAAGUACCUACUUGUCCAGAAAGAGAGGUCGUAGCUACUGUGAAAAAAGAGCAGCAGCAUCAGGAUGGCCGAGUCAGGUGGCGAAGAGUCCCUACCCUUUCUGCUGGUCACGGCCAACGUGGGAAGCGUCUUUGAAGAUCCCUCCCGGCUGCUCCAGAUAUGGAUCAAAGAGUUUCUGAGGCACGUGGCCACCCAGCGGCCCGCCUUUAUCGCCCUGCACCUGCAGGAAGUCGGCGGCAAGACGUACGAAAAAUCGAUGGAGUACGUGCAGGAGUUCAUCAAGAAUCUGUGCGAAUCGGCCGAGCUGGCAGAUUACAAUCGGAUCCGGGUCUACCUCGACGAGGACUACAACUCGGCGGAACAUUUCACGGCCCUCGGGAAUCUCUACUUCGCCAUCCGGACCAUCGACCAGCUGCAGAUGUGGAACUUUCUGACCCACGAGUGGGAAUCGGUGAGCGGCAAGAGCAUACACACCGGCAACAUCGAAUCGGUCGCCUCCAAGGAGAAGGCCAAAUUUCCGCAGCACUUCUUCCCGGAGUGCAAAUGGUCCCGCAAAGGAUUCCUGAGGACGCGGUGGUCCGUCAACGGGACCGUCUUCGAUCUGGUCAACAUCCAUCUCUUUCACGACGCUUCCAAUCUGGCCGCCUGCGAGGAAUACCCAUCGGUCUAUUGCAAAAGCCGCCGGAGAGCCCUGGUGCACACCUUGAGAAGAUUUCACAAGGACACGGUUAACAAAGCAGUGCCAUAUUUUGUCUUUGGCGAUUUCAACUUCCGUUGUGAUACUGAAGGAGUGAUAAAAAAACUAACCGAAGAUCUCACGAUGCAUCGAAUCCCCAAUGCCAAAAACGACAGUACAAAGGUGCAAUAUCGAGAUCCUGACGGGUCAAACGUACUUACGGUGGGCAAGAAGGAGUUCAACCACACCGAUCAGAGCACCUUUAAACAGAGUUGGCUGCGCCACUUUGACCGGGAGCUGGAAUCGCUGCGGAGCAUACUGUACGAGUACCCGAUCACCUUUCCGCCGUCCUAUCCGUACGAGGAGGAUCCCGGACAGCCGGGCAGCUACAUGGCAACGCGGUGUCCGGCCUGGUGCGAUCGGAUACUGAUCAGUCCGGCGGCGAGGCGGCUCAUCGAGGGUAUCGACGAGCGGGAGAACGGCAAGCAUCAGCUGACGAUGGCGCGGGGAGGUGUAGAGCCCAGCUACGGCAUCAUCGGUGAAGAUGUUUGCAUGGGUGAUCAUAAGCCCAUUUUUCUCAGCAUACGAGUGAAGACGAGUCAAGGAACCUGCCAGGAAAUGUCCGACGACGAUCUGCACACUCGACUGCAGGAGUACGAAGAUCUGAAUGCGCGCAUCUGUGACGAACCCUCGUAUCAGCAGCAGGGAAGCGCCAAAUCUCACUACAUUCAGUUUACCCCAACGCAGUCGCAGGAAUCGACGACCGGUUCCGAGACCAACAACACUUCCGAUGGCGGUGGCGGAGAUGGAACGACAACGACGACGACGGAGACGGUUUCCUCCACCAGUGGCGGGGAAGAUUCCAUCGAAGGUGAUUCCGUGUUCUACCAGCAGGGACCCGGAUCCGGUCCCAAUAGUAUGGCCGCCAUGAUUUUCCGAGAGACGACCGUUUAAGGCAGCUUGGCUCAGUGAGACUUGAUCAAAAAAAUUGUUGUAAGUUUUUCUACGAUGCUACGGGUCCGCUAUUUUCUUCCAAAACUAGUUCGAUUGUUUAGAAAACUCCUAGUUUCAUACUCACUAUUUUUAAGAAACGAUAUUUUUUUUAAAUAUGUUUGUCUAAACAUAUGUUUUUAUCACAUUUUGAUGAAAGAAAUGUAUAUAUCUCCACAAGAAAAAAAACCAAAUGAAUCUGAUCUACCAAAUUACAUACCCAUUAUUCAUAGUAUCCAAUCUAUUUAUUGAUUAUCUAAAGCUGCUUAUCAUAGGAAAUCGUUAAAACAGCGGAACGAACAACAUUCAAGGCGUAUUAAGACGAUUUGAGUCAGCGACCGGAAAUCAAAAAUAAGAGCUUACAGAGAAACAAAUUUGAUGAAACGAAUAAUAUUCACACUUGUCUGUGCCAUAUUGUUACCGCCGAAAUAUGACUUUCUAGUCAAGUUUUUUUUUGUUCGUGAUCAUAUACCAAACUACUUAAUUCAGUACAUGAUGUCCCAGGAAACUAUUAAAAUGCUGACUUAUUAAAAUCUUCCUGAAUCUGAAUCCAACAGUUAUUUCUAGGGUCUUCUAGGGUGAAAUUCCCUCAACCGUUGAAAAAAGUUCAUUAAAUGAUUGUCUGUGUAACGAGAUUUGAAAGUCUUUUUUCUAAGUUGUUUUCUGUAUUUUGAAGCAAUUGACUUGAGAAGGAAUUAAAAAAAAAAAGGCUUCUCAAACUAAGUGAAUGAGCCCACAAUACUUUUCAUGUGUUUUAAAGCUUGCAAUUGUAUUCUGGUUUGUUUGAAGAGCCCUAAAAUCACCUCUCUGGAGCCACCGAAUUUGCUCCAAACCACAAUCAGAGAGCAGUGCGAUAUUCGCAGUGAAACUUUAGGACAAGCAGCGCUAACUGGCUCUCAGUGUCAGAACUAGAGAACAGGGUGAUUUUUAAGUUCGACAUAAACCAGAAAGAAUAAAUUUCUUAGCUAAGCUAGAUUUUCAUCAAUCAUGUGGCCUGCUUUAUCUCAUCAUUCCAAUCAGCAAUUUUCUUUUUGGGUGUUUUUGAGGCACGUUAUGCUGAUUUCUUGAAAGAACAUCUUAUCGUAAACGAACAAAAAUAUAGAGUCCUCUACAACAUGAAUUAAAAAAAAAACCCUUCCAUGUUUUUAGAUUUUGCUUAAAUUUAAGUACAGUAUUAUAAUAAUCAUAAUGAAAAUAUCAUAAUAUUUAAGUUUUUAAAGCUGCAACACGCUAAAAUAUGUGAAUUUCACAAGAGUUUUGAAUAGAAAUACACUUUUUUUAAAGUAUAAUUAAUAGGAGUUUAUUUUUAAGUGUGUUUUGAGGUAGCCAAAAAAACACUAUAAUUACCUACAAAUAAAUGUUUUGGUUGAAAUUUUAAUUCUUAUUAAUAAAAUUGCAAUUUUUUACAAUUUAAUUUUAUCAAUUUUAGGCAGGAAAUAAUCACUCCAUUGUUAGUUCUAUCUGUGAAAACCAGUUGGCGCUGCAUGCUAAAAAACUUUCUUCCCUGUUCAAAAAAUUUGUUCCGGUCCGGAUUUGGUUCAUUUUCCGUACGAAAAAAUCAUACCAAAACAGAGCCUGAAUAUUUGACUGAUCUAGGUUGAACAUCAGUCAAUUUGAUAAAAGGAAAUCUCAUUCCCCCUUAUUCUGCGCCGCGCGUGAUGUGACGAUAGUCGAGUCACCCGAUUCCAGUAGUCGCUUUAGGUGAGAAACGUCUUUUAGAAUUAACUUUUUGAGUUAUUAUCCUAAUCUAGUAGUCACCGUGAGUGAAAAAUCGUAUGCUCUGUCACAUCGGUUUCGGGAAUAAGAUGACAGACUCACACGACUCCGACUCGACUCGACUAUCGUCACCUCACGCGCGGCGCAGAAUAAGGGGGAUUGUCUCGUUAGAAAAUAUGUUUCAAAAGAGCACUGAAAUUAACCAUGCUCCAAAUGAAUGAAUGAAACUCAGCCUGUUUAAUCUGGCACCGAUGUUCUAAUCCGGGGUGUAGCUGACGCUAAUAUUCCCUAUAGGAGAUUCAUCCCUUUUCAAUAUACUUAUUGAGACAGUUCGGACUGAUCGAUUUUUUAUCAUACUCAUUGACCAAUCGAUACACCCCCAACUUUUAGAAAAAAUCUAUUAGAUUCAGAUUGAGUAAGAUUUCUAGAAUUUUUUUAAUGUUGAAUAUUCUUUGUUGAAUAUGUUACAUAAAUUUUACCUACUAUUUCAUCAACAAAUGUCCCUUCGUUAAACUUCCUAGCUGAAGUAGUACUAUAAUAUUCCAAAGCAUUCAACAGAACUAAAUCCCGAAGGAGUAACCAAAAAUGCUGCAGCGUUAUCGAACAACAUACCCACACAAACAAUGUCAAUCGAAUCGCAAUUAUUCUAUAAAAUCUCGCUCUCCCUCUAUACAUAUAGCUGUUACAGUUCUUCGCUUAUCUACGAGGGAUGCAGGAAAUAACCACCAAAAGAGUAAACAAAAAGAAAAAAAAUAUAGUUAACAGUUUGGUAGCAAUUUAUAUAACUAGUUUGGAUGAGAUAGAAAACAUGCAGGGAAAACUCAGCAGUUCUGGAUCGACUUUUUGCCUAUUUUUCGGGUAUAAAAAAUAGUAAACAA